AUGGGCCGUGAUUUAAUUAACUUAGAUAAUGUUUACGCCAACAAUCUAGGUAUGCUGGAGAAGAUAUGCAAGACCGUGAAUCCAUCAAUUGAAUAUCCAGAUAACUUCUUCGAUGAAUUAUUCCCAAAGGAUACCAAGAAAGAUACAUUUUUUGCUCAAUUGGCUUACUACAGUGAAAUCCCAGUUGGUGCUUGUAAAGCCAAACUAUAUCCCAAGAAGAAAGGUGACGCUUAUCCAAAGGGUGUCCACAUCGAAGUUUUGGCUGUAUUGGAUCAAUACCAAAACAACCAGAUAGAAACUAAAUUUUUAACCUAUAUAUUUGAAGAGUGCAAGAAACACCAUCAACAUAAUGUUUACAUUCAUGUACCAGUCAAUUCUAACAACAUACUUGAUUGGUAUAAGGAUAACGGUUUUGAAUCAGAAGGUGAGCCAUUGAAGGAAUUGUUCAAUACUACAGAAGGUUCUGCUGAUGGAAUAAUGUUAAAAAAACACGUAGACUAA